AUGAAUCGAUCCACAUCUAUUCAUGCUUUCGAUUUAACUAGCACGCUAACAUCUAAUGCACUCACGUCUAAUAUGACCAAUGAGUCAGAUAGUCAGCAAAGCACCAAACCUAUGCCUGGAAGAAAAGCUCUCAUUCCUGCAAUUACUCUUUCACCUCAGGUUUUACCAGGUACGGAUACAAAUCAACGAUCACUUAAAAAUUCAAAGGAAGAACAUGUAAAAGAUUCAUCUUCUAUUAAUAAAGUUGAUAAUAAAGAUACAACAAAGAUCGAUAAUGUACAAGUAGUUCAGACCAUGCAUGAAAAUACUAAUAUGCCAUUGGACUCUAGAAAUGUUAAAGUUGAUAAUACACGAGAGGAAUGUUAUGACGAUGAUAAUUCAUUCGAUGUGUUCAUUUUGAGUACCUUUACAUCAUUUUCUGGUAAGCAGCGCGUCGACGAAUGGCUAGAUGUAACUGAGAGUUUAUUCAAUCAAUACAAAAUAUCACGCUCGUUGAGAUAUGAAACGAUACCACUUUUGCUAGAAGGUAAUGCUAAACGUAAAUAUAUUCACCAUCAUCAUUCAAUUCAAUCAUUUGAUGACUUGUGUGAAUUCCUGCUUUCUGGGUUUGACACUUCGAACACGCUAGAACCAAAGAAAACGCCUGUGUCCGUUUCUCAGUCGGCAGAGACGUCCCAAUUGCACUCACUUAAGAUGAGCAAUGUUAUCGUUGAACCGAACGCCACCAGCUCAUCUGGUGAUGCGUCAGUUUUAAAUCAUUCCUCAGUUACACCGAAUGCUUCAACUAUGUCACUUGAUACCAUCACGAAUGGUCUUCGUAAAGCUAUAUUACAAGAUUUAAUAAAGAAUCUGAAAUUAUUUAGAGGAGGUAAAGAUGGCGUACAGAAAUGGAUCGAAGAUAUCGAUCAUCUUAUGGAAGUUGCACAUGUUUCGGAUACCAAUCGAUUAGAUCUUAUUUUGUAUUCAUUAAGAGGAAAUGCCUUGCAAUGGUAUAAAUCGUACAAAUCGACAUUUACAUCUUGGAAUAUCUUCGUACAAGAGAUUAAGAAAGCUUUCACAUCAUCCUUUCGAGAAGAACUCGCAUUCAAAACGUUAGAGUCUUAUGUACAGGCCGAAAAUCAAUCUGUUCGUAACUUCUAUCAUAAAGUUCUUAAAUUAUGCAAAGAGGCCGACGCUAAUAUGAUCAAUUCCACUAAGUUGGAAAAUCUUUUAAACAAAGUAAAACCGGGCAUCCAAUUUGAAGUCCGUAAAAAAAGACCCACAACUAUUGCUCAGUUUUUGGAUUAUGCAAAGGAAGUCGAGGAACUUUUACAGUUGUCUGGCAUAAAUGUUAAUACGAGUGCGGUUAGUAUUUCGAAGCCAAUUGAAGUUUCUGAUUUACAAACUCCUUCUGCAAAUAUAUCAUCGGGUUAUAGUCGAGUUUUUCGUCCUAAUCAGUUUCGAAGUUAUCCACGUAAUCAACAAUAUCCAUUUUCCUCAACACAAUUCACACCUAGUAACACCUAUAACUCUUAUCGUCGCUAUGCGAAUCCCACAUUUCAAUCCAAUCAACGGUUUCAGUCGAAUCGAUUUCAACCUUCGUAUAUACCUAUGAAUACUAGCAAUAAUAUUCCUAGUCACGCUCCAACGCGUCAGAAUGUUAAUUCUCGUCGUACCAACAGUAACUUUCGCCGCCGUACAGCUAACUCGAUACAACCACUAUUAGCAUCUGCUGAUAUUGCUCAGCCAGAUGAUAUGUCUUUUUCUACUAUCAGUAAUAGCUGUAAUCAAUCCGGACAUGAGCCUUUAGCUUGUCCGAAUUUCUAA